GAGUCAGUUACUUAGCGUUCCCUUCUUCCUCCCUCCCUCGGCCAUGGCGGUUUUUCCGUCCCCAAGAAACAAAACUCCCCCAAUUUGAUCCUAAAUUAUCCCCUAUCUCGCACCGAUGGAGCCUUCGCGGAGGCCGUAAUCUCGGCCUGAGAUGGCGAUUGUGACGGGGGAUCGGUAUUUGGAGCACUUGGUGAGAUACGUGGAGAAGAACGCGGGGCCGCUGCUGGAAGGGGCCCUGACGCUGAAGCUGAACCCGGCGGGGCUCCACUACGUGCAGUCGCGGCUGGAGGCGCUGCAGGAGUUGGAAGGACUCCUCGCCGGCGCGCCCGGGGACUACCUCCGGGCCUACGUUUCCGACCUCGGGGACCACCGCGCGCUCGAACAGCUCCGGCGGAUCUUGCGGCUUCUAAACUCGCUUAAGUUGAUCUCCGUGCUGCCAACGUCGGCCAGGGACCCGACGCCGGUGUCGCUGCUGCCGUUCCGGCGGCUCAGGGUCCUGGAGCUCCGGGGUUGCGACCUCUCCACGUCUGCGGCGGUAGGGCUGCUGGAGCUUCGGCACACGCUCGAGAAGCUCAUAUGCCGUAAUUCCACUGAUGCACUCAGGCAUGUAUUUGCCAGUAGAAUUGUGGAUAUAAAGGAUUCCCCAGCAUGGAACCGGCUGUCUUUUGUCUCAUGUGCUUGCAAUGGUUUAGUUCUCAUGGAUGAUUCUUUGCAAUUGCUUCCUGUUGUUGAAACUUUGGAUCUAAGUCGGAACUGGUUUGCAAAAGUGGACAACCUCAGGAAGUGUACUAAGCUGCGACACCUUGAUCUUGGGUUCAACCACUUGAGGACGAUAGCAUUGUUUCGUGAGGUUUCUUGUCGAAUAGUUAAACUUGUUUUAAGGAACAAUGCACUAGCUACACUUCGCGGAAUUGAAAAUCUAAAAUCACUUGAAGGGCUUGAUCUUUCCUGCAAUAUCAUUUCCAGCUUCACAGAGUUGGAGAUCCUUUCAAGUCUUUCAUGUUUACAAAGCUUAUGGCUGGAAGGAAAUCCAAUUUGUUGCGCUCGAUGGUAUCGAGCGCAUGUUUUCAGUUUCUUCUCCAAUCCAGAGGAAUUGAAAUUAGAUGAAAAAGUAAUUAGCACAAGAGAGUAUUGGGAAAGGCAUGUAAUUUUUGCAAAAAGGCAAAAACGACCUGCAGGGUAUGGUUUCUAUUUCCCUGCAAAAGAUGAUCCCAAAGAUGAGAACAUUAUAAAUACAAAGAAGAAAAAGCAUUCUCGUCUUGCUUGUAUUGAGGAUGAGGAACACAGCAGAUAUCUCUGCUCAGAAGCUGUUGAUCAAGAAUCACAGUCUUGUGAUAGUGAUAAUUUGAGGAAAGAGGAGAAUGCCAUUUCUGAAAGAGAGACUAAAACUGUCAGUUUUUUCACUAGAGCUGAAUACAUGAAGAAGGAGUGGUCUGUCCUGUGUUUGCGAGAAUUUACAGAGUGGAUGGAUCAGACUUCUGAGGAUAGAGUUUAUGAAAGCCAGUGUGAAGACAUUGAAGCAGGUCUUGGUAAAGAAAAACAAAGGAAAUGUCAGAAACCAUUUGGGGUGAGCUCCGACUAUUUUGCAGAGCUUGGACAAACUCCAGAAGGUGGGAGUAGCUCAAACAUUUUGGAAUCUGACAUAUCAUUUACAGACACCUAUAUUGAUCACCAUAGUGGUGAAUUAUUUGACUCUAAUGACAGAGCCAUUUUGAAACCCUCAGUGAUGAAUAAUAGCCAUGUGUCAAAAGUGCAACUAAAAAUUGGAGUGAAUGAUAAGAAAGAUCAAUUGAGGGUUCAUUCAAGGAACCGACAAUAUCUUUCUCCAUUGGAGGUAAAAGAUUACUCUCAUUAUAGUUCUUCAAGUACCGGAGGUGGUGAGGAGAUAGAACCAAAGAUGAGACGAGCACCAUUGACUUCCAUUGAUGAGACAAUAGGGUCACACCCAUCCUCAAUAUAGGCUAAGUCACCUCCACAUUAUCAAGAGGAUAUGCUGCACCACAGACUGUACUGUGAGGAAGAAUUCUUGCAACUAUCCGCUGAGUCCCAUUCAGUGGGUUCAUUGGAUAGUGAUACCAGUUGUUGUGAUGAUGCUUCAUCUGAAUCCAAUUCACCCAAAUCUGAGCUUGAUUAUUCGCUAAUUCAGGCAUCCAUAAAUCAGGUCAUCGAUGACCAAUCAAACACAUUGCUUUAUGAAGAUAAUUGCUUCGAGAUAAGGCAAGAGAAACCAUGCUUAGGAGAGAACAGCAUCUCUUCAUCUGAUUACUGUGCUCAAAAUGAUUGCAGUCUUGGGAAUCAUAUUUUACCAAACCAUAACAAAACAUGCUCCCUAAAUGAUAUUUCUGCUGAUGUUGGUUGUGAUAUUAAUCAACUUGUGAGCCAAGAUAUUGCUGGCAUGGGGGAGCAAAAAACUAAACAUAUGCUUGAGAGAAUGUUCAUCUCACUUUCAGAAAAUUUUGACCCUGAACCAGAAUUUCAGAAGUCUAAUGGAAAUUUGGAGGCUGGUAACAAUGUGAAGGAUGCACAUGGGCUUCCAAGUUGCGAUGUGAAUUUCAACCACGAUCUUUGCAAGGAAGUUGCUUUUAUUGUGCCACAAGUUUAUGAUAAAAUGUCGCCCUUGGCUUGUGCUGACCCUAUGGCCAAAACCAGCUCUGCUGAUUCUGAUAUGGAUGAUUACAUAAAAAACAUUUUUCACAUGAAUAUUGUAGAUUCAGAAUCUUCUGAAACUCGUGAGGAAUUGGUUCGUUGUGAUUGUAUAUAUCAACUUGGGUCCAUCUUUCAAGAGAGGAAUUUUCCACCUAGGUUAUGACCUAGCUUCCGGUGGUUCAUAGGAUCUCUAACAGACCUCAAUACUCCAGCUCUGGCAGUAUUCCAUGUACUAAGGAUCCAACAACAAUCGUCUGCAAUACUUUAUUGAAGUCCAGAUCAAGGGGUAGAAUUCCAUGCUUGCAGCUGACAGUGAAAAUGUGAAAAGUCUGAGACCAGAUUCAGUAUCUACCUCAAAUAGGCAGCCUUCCCAGAAAUAUGAGCUCUUCAAUAUGAGCUCUUCAAUAUCUUCAGAGUAUGCCAACGUUCCAUCCAUAGAAAAGCCAACACCUGCUGGAUGCCCAUACUGUUUCAAAAAAAUUCCUUUCCAAGGGGGGACAAUGGGAAGAAGGAAACACAGGAUCCAUAAUCUUUACCUAAUAGGCAGCCAUCCCAGAAGUAACAGCCAAAUACUGCAAAUCAGAACAGUUCAAAAUCUCUAGGGUCUAAUAAUGUUUCAUCUUCUGAAGUGUCAGCAGCAGUUGGCCGCACUGCAUCCUCAAAGAAGUGCUCUUCCAGGCCUGAGGUAAUGGCCUCUUCUUCAUCAUCUGCAUUGAUGAAGCUGACAAAUCGACUCAACAUUUUGAAGGAACAACGAGCCCACCUUGUAAAUGAGCUACAGAACCUGGAUAUAAAUCGCAUUUCAGGUCCAGAAGGCCCUCCUCCAAGAACCAAUUCCAGAUGACAUAGAACCUCCUCAAAGAGGAUAUGGACAUUCAAUCAUGGAUUAUGUUAAUCAAUUUUCAAUUACAGUUUCUGUAUCCACUCUUGAGACCAUAAGUUGAAGCUGACCUAAAUAAUACAUUUGGAUGGAAUUCCAAAA